GAUCACACACACAAGCAACGACACAACUACAAGUACUCCGAUCACACACACCAGCAACGACACAACUACAAGUAACGACACAACUACAACUGGGCCGAUCACACACACAAGCAACGACACAACUACAAGUACUCCGAUCACACACACAAGCAACGACACAACUACAACUGCACCGAUCACACACACAAGCAACGACACAACUACAAGUACUCCGAUCACACACACAAGCAACGACACAACUACAACUGGGCCGAUCACACACACAAGCAACGACACAACUACAAGUACUCCGAUCACACACACCAGCAACGACACAACUACAACUGCACCAAUCACACAGCCCAGCAACGACACAACUUACAACUGCACCAAUCACACACACCAGCAACGACACAACUACAAGUACAGUAACUCCAGAAAACUCUACAGCUGUACUAACUACAACUACUCUAACAAACGCUACUAACACCUCUCCUGAGACUCCUAUGUCCACUACUACACCUUCAUCCUCAACUAUCACCACAAACACAACACUCACAGCUGGACCCCCACCCUCUUCACCUACCUCCAUCUCCACCUCCAGCUCUCUCCCUACAAAUACCUCCCCAGGCAGUAGCACCGCACCCCCUACUGGAAAUACUACCACCCUUAGUCCCUCAACAACAACCCCAGGAGUGACCACCAUCACCUCUUUGACUCAUUCAACUGAACCAGCUAGUGGCAAUACAACAGCCUCAUCAACCACCACUCCAAUCUCCACCACCACUAUCAGUACUGGAACCACCAUCAAUGGCACCACCCAGCGACCAACAGACACCACCGCCAACAGCUUCACCACCACUCCAACGUCCUCUAACACAGUCAGCACGAGCACCACCAUCAAUGGCACCACCCAGCGACCAACAGACACCACAACCAACAGCUUCACCACCACUCCAACGUCCACUGACACAGUCAGCACUAGCACCACCAUCAAUGGCACCACCCAGCGACCAACAGACACCACCGCCAACAGCUUCACCACCACUCCAACGUCCACUGACACAGUCAGCACUAGCACCACCAUCAAUGGCACCACCCAGCGACCAACAGACACCACAACCAACAGCUUCACCACCACUCCAACGUCCACUGACACAGUCAGCACUAGCACCACCAUCAAUGGCACCACCCAGCGACCAACAGACACCACAACCAACAGCUUCACCACCACUCCAACGUCCCCCAACACAAUCAGUACUGGCACCACCACCACUGCAGCCACAACCACCCUUCCAGUCAUAGUGUGUCCUACCGUCCGGUGUCCGCCUGAAAGUGUCUGUCUUAAUGGCACUUGCCAGUGUUUCUCUGGAAGCUUCCUGGUGAAUGGCCGCUGUGAACCUGGCCAAGUGUUCCCAGGCCAGCUUCAUCUCACCUCCUUGACAUUUCAAAAUGACAUGAGCAACAGGUCCUCAGAAAUAUUCCGGAAGACGGAGACUCAGAUCUCAGCAGCGCUCAGAGAUGCCCUCAAAAAUCAGCCGGGGUAUAAACGAUCUGAGGUUGUGAAACUUCAACCAGGAAGUGUACAAGCAACUGUAAAUAACAUAUUUGAAAACACCACCGCCACUCAAGAGAUUGUUGAUCAGGCCAUUGUUAAGGCUAUAGCCAACCCAGCUAAUGAAUUGUUGGCUAAUGCUACAUUUACAGGUACCAACCUGUGUGUGCAGGAGCCAUUCCCAUGUGAGGUCGCCACUACAAUGUGCAUAAAUUCAAAAGGCCGGGCUGUUUGUUCCUGCAAAGAGGGCUACAUCUCCAGCCCGUACUCCAACAGCAUCUGCAAGGCGUGUCCAAGUGGGCAGAAGGCAGUGGGAGACGAAUGCCAACCAUGUGCAUUUGGAUAUGCUGGCUUCAACUGCAAUGACUCGGCGCUGCUAGCAGUGGUGGUCAUCUCCUGUGUGCUUGGAGGAGUUCUUCUCAUCAUUGUCCUGGCUUUGCUCAUAUACUGCUGUUGGAGGGGAUGCCCAAAGAGCGAGCCAGACCACAGCAGCAGUCCUUACUCAUCAGGAGACUUAAACAAGCCCUGGCCCACUGGCAUCACCCCCAUCCCCCGGGCCUCCACUAACUGCGAUGCAGCUCCUCCCAUAGAGAUGUCAGAAGGGGGCAGCACUAGUGUCCUGGUGGACAGAAAGCAUCAAACAAACGGAUUGGGGUUUAAGCCGAAGCAGAAAGGAUGGAAAAAGUCAGGAUCAUACGAUCUCAGCCCAGAAGGAAUGAACACCUUCAAAGGUAGAAAUCCAUCCCGUUACUCCUAUCUGGUUCAAGGCCACGAGAACCCCUACUUCUUACCAGGAGAUGACAACAAAGAGGAAAUGGGGAUCAAAAAGAAGCCACUGAUUUAAAAACUCUGGGUCUUCGGGCACAUUUCCUGAGCAGGACCAGGUUAUUUAUAUAUUCCUGAACUCGCUUGGACAUUUCUUAACUGGGAAACAGCCACCAGAGAGAUUCAUUCGUAUAAGCAGAGCAUUUGAACAUUUUUUUUUAAGUGACGUUGGGUUGCAUCAUGUGUAUUUUUUG